AUGUAUAUGCAGGUAGAGUCGCGCACCAGCUCCCGCCUCCAUCUGAAGAGGGCUCCAGGCAUCAGAUCCUGGUCCCUGCUGGUUGGAAUCUUGUCGAUCGGCCUGGCUGCUGCCUACUACAGUGGAGAUAGCCUGGGCUGGAAGCUCUUCUACGUCACAGGCUGUCUGUUUGUGGCCGUGCAGAACCUGGAGGACUGGGAGGAAGCGGUCUUCAACAAGAGCACCGGGAAGGUAGUGCUGAAGACGUUCAGCUUGUAUAGGAAGCUGCUGACUCUUUGCAGAGCAGGCCAUGACCAAGUGGUGGUCCUGCUCAGUGACAUCCGGGACGUGAAUGUGGAGGAGGAGAAGGUCCGGUACUUCGGGAAGGGCUACGUGGUGGUGCUUCGGUUUGCCACAGGCUUCUCCCACCCCCUCACCCAGAGUGCUGUUAUGGGCCACCGCAGCGAUGUGGAAGCCAUUGCCAAGCUUAUCACUACUUUCCUGGAGCUGCACCGCCUGGAGAGUCCUGUGGAGCUGUCUCAGAGCAGUGACAGUGAGGCCGACGGCCCGGGAGACCAGAGCUGA